AUGGGCAUGUCGCCAUAUAGGUUGGUUUUUGGGAAGGCAUAUCACCUUUCGGUGGAACUUGAGCAUCGGGUUUUCUGGGCCAUGAAGACACUGAAUAUGGACAUGGCAGCAGUAGGAGAAAAGAGAUUGCUGCAAUUAAAUGAGAUGGAAGAGUUCAUAAAUGAGGCAUAUGAGAACACCAAAAUUUACAAGGAACGGACAAAGGUUUGGCAUGACAAAAACCUUGUUAGGAAAGAAUUUCAUCAGGGUCAGCAGGUAUUAUUAUUUAAUUCAUGGUUGAAGUUGUUUCCAGGCAAGCUGAAAUCGAGGUGGUCUGAGCCUUACACUGUUGUUAAGGUGUUUCCAUAUGGCGCAGUUGAAGUAACUAGUGAGAAGACCAAUAAUUUUAAGGUGAAUGGGCAAAUAUUGAAGCUCUACUUGGGUGGUCAAUUUGAUCAGGCCAAGUCUGUCAUCCUCUUGAUGCCACAAUGA